AUGAAACCAAUGAGAAGAAUGUCCAAAGCUGCAUUCUUAAGUUUCGUGUUCAUCGCCUUUGUCGUCACCACAGCAUCAUGGCAUUCAGUUCACGCUCAAGUCAUGUGCCCCGUUGUCAAACGCAAGGUUGCGGACUCGCUUCUUGAUAAGGAAGAUCCCAAUGGUCCUGGCUUUCGAGAAAUCAGUGGGCUGGCAUUUUCACCAUCACAGAGGCACAACAACCGUCCCAUAUUUUUUGGCAUCAGCGACGGAGGUGGUGGCCAACGAAUUGGGCUAUUUGACUCCCGCACAGGGGACCGACUGAUGACGCUAAGAGUAUCCUCUGAUUUUUUCAGCAAUCGCGAUUGGGAGUCAUUGACGAUUGGCUCCUGUGGAAAGUCGGGAGUCGAUCAGACAUGUCUCUACAUUAUGGACGCGGGGGACAAUGAAGCAAGAGCCACCAGUGGUAACAGGGGAAGGGGUAGCUACCAUGUUGUCAAAAUAAGAGAACCGAGACUAGGGGAAUACAAUGACAACGAUAGGAUUCCUACUAGUAGGAUGUCCAAGUUGACAUUUUAUUAUGACCAUUCAUCGUCGCCUACCAAUCACGCUGAUUGCGAGGCAAUGUUUUUGGAUCACAAGGGGUGGGGGGACGACGAAGCUGUCGGAGACAUUUAUCUUGCUACGAAAUGGGACCGAGAAAAUCAAUUUCGAUACAAUCGUCUGUUUCAUAUUCCUGCAUCGGCUUGGUCCAGUCGGUUGGAGGGAAACGUCCGAUUUUAUUCACCGAGAGCGAUUGGAAGGUACGAUUUUGAACAAUAUGAGAACAAUGGAGGCAUUCAUAUCAUGAAGAGAACGUGGACCGGUGCAGAAAUGUCGAUGGACGGAACCAUGAUUGGACUAGGAAACGCAGUACGGACGUUUGUAUUCUUGCGAUGUCCGGGGACAAGCGUCUGGAGUGCCAUGGCCAAUCCAGACAAUAGGAGUAGGGCGUGCGUCGACUGGACUCAUCCAGUCGCUGGACAAAUUGAAACAUUUGCUUGGGCACCAGACAGCCAAAGAACCUUGAGUAUACCAGAAGCCAAUAAUCCGCGCCUAGGUUGGACCGAACUUACCUACAAUGCGGGGGAUUCUUCAAAGGUUUGCACUACCAGUCUGACGAGACCACCUACCCGUCCACCGACUCCACCGCCAACAGGACGACCCACGAGGCCACCUACCAGACCUCCAACGAGAAGACCAACUCCGCAACCGACGAGACGGCCCACUCCAAGUCCGACACCGCAACCUACUCCACCGCCAACACCCCAACCAACGAGACCUCCGACGAGGGAACCCACGCGACGACCAACGCGUAAUCCAACUCCUGGACCUACCCCAGACCCAACGCCAGGACCAACCAGACCGCCAACGCGUAAUCCAACUCCUGGACCAACUCGAGAGCCGACACCGGGGCCAACAAGACCGCCAACGCGAAAUCCAACUCCUGGACCAACUCGAGAGCCAACACCGGGGCCAACAAGACCGCCCACGCGAAAUCCAACCCCUGGACCUACUCCAAAGCCAUCACCUGGGCCGACGAGACCACCUACUCCAGGGCCGACGAUGCUACCAACCAUGUCAGAUAUGCCUAGUAUACUUCCAUCAGACAGUCCAAGUAGCGAGCCCACGACAGCGGAACCAACAAUUCAACCAUCCGCGAUUCCUAGCAUUGAACCAACGACUGCUGGACCGACACGACUUCCAUCGAUCAUGCCGAGUGGUGCACCAACGACGACGGCGCCGACAAUCACAGCGUCAUCUAAUCCGAGUGAAUCCCCAACGACUCCCAAGCCGACCAUGUCGCCAACUUCUGGGAUCUUUAUACCAACCGACAACCCUUCCUUGGUACCAACCGUGAUGCCCUCCUCGGUUCCUUCCUCGACGCCGACGGAUGCACCAUCUUCCAGUCCAAGUAACGUUUUUUCUGGAAGUCCUUCAAUUGCAACUCCAAUGCCCAGUCUUGCACCAACUCCAAUGCCCAGUCUUGUACCGACCCAAACUCCAAGCUUGCUGCCCACGAACAAGCCAUCGGCAUUUCCAACGAGAGGACUUGAUGAUACAUUGACGAUUGACAUUAUGACUGAGCAGCCGACGGCGACAAUAGAUCCAGUUAACACUUCUGAAAGCGACAAUGGUGAUGUCUCAGGGCAGGAAGAAGAGAAGCAGUGUUUUGGAAUCUGCCCACCUGGUAUUGCGUUAAUCAAUCCUGGGAAAAGAGUUGACAUUGAGCGCGAUGAAAUUUCCUGUUCGGCAAUCGAAAAAGUAUAUCGAGAUCAAUGGGGAGCAAACAAUGUUUGUGAUGCGUUGGCAAUUAGGGCACGGCGAGCGGGGUGUCUGUGUGGGCAGAAUCAGCUGGAAUUAGACCUUGGUACUUCUAGCGACAUCACGGAAACUGGCUACACAGCAAUACUGGCAGCUGCGACCGCCUUUCUACUCAUUAUUUUUGCUGGAGUGAGAAUCUGUCUGUACAAACAUGGGGAGGAAGAUAAGAAUAGUGAAGUGGAAGUGAAUGGAAACAGGAUUGGUGAUGACGGGCUUAGUGGAAUUGCUGGCAUCGGAAAAUCAAAACGAAUUUUCGAAAAUGAGGAAGGACGGGAAGGACGCAAAUCGUACUCGCAGUCCUGGACGUUGUGGAUGCGACAAUACGAGAGGCGUGGUGGCACAAGUGUGGCUGGAACCUUUGACGACACAACAGUAGCGGGGAGGUUCAAUUGGGGAAAAAACGCUAGCGGUAGAAAUAAUGAAUUCUCCUAA